UCUCCUAAUUUUGCCCAAAACUAGGCACACUGCCUUCCCCUCCCAAUUCCCAAUUCCCAAACACCCAAACCCUACCACACUCCAAUUUCCCAUCCCUCCGGCGAAUCCAAACUCACACGAUGCCGGCCGGCGAGCUCUGUCCCGCACCCUCGUCGCCUCCGGUGUUGGAAUUCUCUGAGGACGACGAGGCCUGGGUCUGGUCCCAGAUCAAGGCGGAGGCCCGCCGCGACGCCGAGUCGGAACCCGCCCUCGCUAGCUACCUCUACUCCACAAUCCUCUCCCACUCCUCUCUGGAGCGUUCUCUUUCAUUCCACCUCGGCAACAAGCUCUGCUCCUCCACGCUUCUCUCCACCCUCCUCUACGACCUCUUCCUCGACGCCUUCUCCUCCUCCGCCGCCCUCCGCUCUGCCGCCGUCGCCGACCUCCGCGCCGCCCGCCUCCGCGACCCCGCCUGCCUCUCCUUCUCCCAGUGCCUCCUCAACUACAAGGGCUUCCUCGCCUGCCAGGCCCACCGCGUCGCCCACCGCCUCUGGGCCCACUCCCGCCGCCCCCUCGCCCUCGCCCUGCAGUCCCGCAUCGCCGACGUAUUCGCCGUCGACAUCCACCCCGCGGCGACCAUCGGGAAGGGGAUCCUCUUCGACCACGCCACCGGCGUCGUCGUCGGCGAGACGGCCGUCAUUGGGAACAACGUGUCAAUCCUGCACCACGUGACGCUCGGCGGCACCGGGAAGACCGGCGGCGACCGCCACCCGAAGAUCGGCGACGGGGUGCUGAUCGGCGCGGGGGCCACAAUAUUGGGGAAUGUGAAGAUCGGGGAGGGGGCGAAGAUAGGGGCGGGGUCGGUGGUGCUGAUAGACGUGCCGCCGAGGACGACGGCAGUGGGGAAUCCGGCGAGGCUGGUGGGAGGGAAGGAGCGGCCGGCGAAGCACGAGGACGUGCCCGGGGAGUCGAUGGAUCACACCUCGUUCAUAUCGGAUUGGUCUGAUUAUAUAAUCUGAUUUGAUUACAUAUGUGACUGGAAUUUGGAAUGUAUGUAUUGUAAUUUUAUAAUGUUGCGUUUGGGUUUUGUAAGAAUGCAUCAAUGUUUAAUGGUUUGUGGCUUGCUGGCUUUGGCUUUUCGUCUAA